UAUAAUGAGCAACUCUUCUCUCAUUUGAAGGGUUGACUCUUCUCUGAAAAAGUUUGGUAAGGCCAGGCACUCGAGCACUCAGUCACAUGCGGCAGAACCAGGCUCAUGGAGGACAGCUGACUCCCCGGAAGCAGGGACUUGGGUUUUGCAAUGGAACGGAUAUGGCUGCUGUUGCUCCUGACAAUUAGAGUGCUUCUGGGGUCUGCUCAGUUCAAUGGCUACAACUGUGAUGCUAACCUCCACAGUAGAUUUCCUGCUGAAAGAGACAUCAGUGUCUACUGUGGGGUGCAGGCCAUUACAAUGAAGAUUAAUUUUUGCACAGUGCUUUUCUCCGGUUAUUCUGAAACAGACCUGGCCCUGAACGGAAGGCAUGGGGACUCCCACUGCAGGGGGUUCAUCAAUAACAACACCUUUCCCGCAGUGGUCAUUUUCAUCAUCAAUCUCAGCACCUUGGAGGGCUGUGGAAACAACUUAGUGGUAUCUACAAUUCCUGGAGUCAGUGCAUAUGGGAAUGCAACUUCAGUACAAAUAGGAAAUAUUUCAGGAUAUAUUGAUACUCCAGACCCACCAACAAUCAUCAGCUAUCUACCUGGGCUCCUGUACAAAUUUAGUUGUAGUUAUCCAUUGGAAUACCUGGUUAACAAUACCCAGCUUGCUUCGUCGUCAGCUGCUAUUUCUGUGAGAGAGAACAAUGGUACGUUUGUCAGUACUUUGAACCUACUCCUUUAUAAUGAUUCAACCUUCAGCCAGCAGUUAAUUAUCCCCAGUCUAGGAUUACCUUUGAAAACCAAAGUAUUUGCUGCUGUACAAGCCACCAAUCUGGAUGGCAGAUGGAAUGUCUUAAUGGAUUAUUGCUACACCACCCCAUCAGGGAACCCAAAUGAUGAUAUUCGAUAUGAUCUCUUCCUUAGCUGUGACAAAGAUCCUCAGACCACCGUCAUUGAGAAUGGCAGAAGCCAGCAGGGCCGAUUUUCCUUUGAAGUGUUCCGGUUUGUGAAACACAAGAAUCAGAAAAUGUCCACCGUCUUCCUGCACUGCGUUACCAAGCUCUGCCGAGCUGAUGACUGCCCCUUUUUUAUGCCAAUUUGCAGCCACAGAGAAAGGAGAGACGUGGGGAAGAGGACCACUUGGAGCCCCCAGAGCACUUCUGGAAAUGCCGUCCUCUCUGCUGGUCCCAUCAUUACUCGGAGUGAUGAGACUCCAACCAACAACUCACAACUUGGUUCUCCAAGUGAACCUUCUUUCCAGCUGAAUGCCGUCACCAGCGCACUGAUAUCAGGAGUGGUCAUUCUGGGCGUUGUGAGCUUCUCUCUUCUGGGCUCACUGGCCCUUCUUCUGCACAGGAAGUCACCCACCAGUCUGGUGUUGAAUGGCAUAAGAAAUCCAGUCUUUGACUGACUGUAUCAGGUCCCUGCUCUCUGUAAAGAAGGCUUUCCUGACUAUACCAUGUGUGACUAAAGUCAGUGUUCCAUCUGAUUUGACUGCCUGCCAGCCUUUGCUGCUUGUAGAUUGAUAGAUUUCACAGUGUAGCUUGUCAACAUGAUGAUAGGGAAAGAAUUUUGAUCAUAUUGUUCUUGUCACUUGUAUAUGUGGUCAGCUUUGUUUGGAAGGCACCAGUAAUGGGUUUUAUACCAAUAAACAAUAUUCAGGACUUAGAACUUACAGGAUCAUAUUUCAUUUUAUUUCACUAUUCUCUUGAUUGUUGGUUAUAGAGAGAAAAAGGGGGCAUAGGAAAUAUUGAAUUUGUUUCAUUUUUUUCCCCCUAAGCAUUAAAACCCAAUGCAAUGGCAUUUGCAUAUUUGGUACUAAAAUGAAAGUUGCUUUUUAUUUUAUUCUAGAUAAUUCCACUUUGUGGAUAUGUUUUAAUUGGACUGGCCAGUUUGGACACCUGAGAUUUAAUUCCUCAUUCUAUGACCUCCUGUGUCCAAAGGAUACUAAGUGACUCUAGAUAAUUUUUCAUUUAGAUAGAAAUAACUGAGAACACUGGCACAUAUUGACUCUCCUCCUAGGUACACAACUCAGCUGCUGUGGCAGCUGUGCUUCCAGCAGUGAGGCAACUGCAAAGAUUGUUUUCAGUCCAAGAACCGUUACAUGGCAUACCAGCCAUAGCUGUCGGCAGAGAACACUGUCUCCACUGUCCCCACACACAAGCAUAGUGUUCCUAUGGGGGAUUUUAACAACCUGGAUUCUUUUUUUUCCCCCAGAACAAAGAAGAAACAGAUUAUGUAUGUUUUGCAGAACAUUGUCCCAUGAAAAAAAUAUUCCUUUUCCUACAAAUUUCUGAUGCUAGCAGAACAAAUAGUCUGGAGGAGGCCUACUUGUUAAGAUGUCUUCCUGAAGGUAUCAUGAUUGCCAUGGAAUAAAGGGAAUAGUCCUCUAAUAGUAAACCACAAGAAGCAUUUGGUCCUUUACAAGUUCUGCAAAAAGUUUACAAAGCCAAGUUUUAAGCAGCCUAUGUUCUUACAAAAAAAAAUCAACGUUCCCUUUGUUCAGUCUAUCCACACAAUUGAACAAAGAAAACAAUUUAGUGACAAACACCAAACCUAGCAUUUGCAGCUGUUAGAAGUGAUGUGUUACCUGUAAAACUUGCUGUAAAAACUAAUUUCUCUUCAACAUUUAUGACCCAUUAAUCAGGACUUAAUUUAGUAUACUACAUGCAGAUCACUAUGCAAUUCUAAAUUUAUUUCAGAUGAAGUGUCUAUAUGCUGAAGUUAAUAAUUAAAUCAAUCAUCAAAUCACAAAACACCUUUUCUCCAAUUUGACUGAAUAAUUCAAAAGAAAGUGUUUAUAUUACGAUAAUUAGCUAUAUAAUUGCCUCAACUUUCUCUGUCAAGAUGUAGAUGCAGUUAAAGUGAAUGGGAUCUGGAAAGUCUUUGGAUAAUUUAUUCAAUAUAAAAAAGUCUAACACUUAAAAAGCCAGUUUUCCCUUCCCUGUCUUACUUCAAAACGACUUUGAAGUGAUCAUUCUGAACUUUAUCUGUGUUAACAAAUUUAUUUUCUAAUUUAGAGGGAGAAAUCCUACAGGAAAAAAAAACAUGGAACAUGGUACUUUUGUGAUCUUAUAUGUACAUAGAUAGUAUUGAAAUAUUCUGGUAAAUGUAUUUCAGAUACUUUAAGUGAAUCGCCUUUGAUCUGAGGAUUAUACCCUGUGAACAGCACAUGAUAUCACUGAAACUGGGCUGUCAGCUGGAUUUUUGUGCUUUGGGGAUGGCUCCUUUUCUAGGUAUUGACCUUUUAAAUUCCACACUCCAUUUUAUAAAACUGAAUUGUGGACAUACCAUUUUGCGAGCAACUUAAAUCUCCUAUUAUUUUUUGCCACCCUUUCUUCAUAAAUGGGUGAAUCAAAGCUAUAAUGAGACAAACUAGGUUUUGUAUAGAUUUGUUCUUAUAAACCUGCAGUUAAAUUUAGUAUUUAGUUAUACUGAAUAUUCUUGUUACCAUAGUGUGAAAACCUUACAAAAUAUGUGCAAAUGGUCCUUCAGUUUUAAUACCUCAAACUGUUUUAUGCACUUCAGGGGUAAGGUCUGAUGAAAUGUACAAGAUGAUUGUUUAAUAAAAUAAUUGUAAAAGAAUAUGCUUAAAAUAGUGACUUUUUUUUUUGAGUCAUUUAUCCUUUCUUCUCUCAACUUUCUUGUCCUACUUUCCCCAGCAUUAAG